GAGGUUGAGAGAAUAACUGUGGUGCUGAAGUGACAACUCCUUUCCCUGGUGCGAUAUGUAGCAUCUUUUUUUGUUUGUUUGUUUGUUUACAGUGUAAGUUCUUUAAAGAUUCUAAAAAUACACAUCGUCUCUAGAAUGAUGUCAGUGACCGUAUGUCAAUGUAGAGGUGGGGUAUGGUUUAUCUGUUACAAUAUCUUUGUCAAAAUGUAAUUUUUUAAUUGACUGAGUUAAUUGUCUAUUAAUUGCAAUAUUGAUGCAUAAUUGAUAUCUUCGGUGAAAUAUACAACAAGAGGAAUAUGCAGGGAACGAAUGGGGCUGACAGCUGGCAUUAUAAACAUUGAUCUCUUUGUAAUAUAGUAUUACUUCAUGCAGAUAAAUGAUAAUAGUAUUGUACUUACUACUGUUAGGUAAAGCUCAUCAGAUAUAUGCCAUCGCCUUAUUAAAGAGAUGUUGUGAUGGAAGCAAUUUGGAUAUACCAGUUCAGGCUGAUAAUUAUUGGGGACUCGACAGUAGGGAAGUCUUGUUUGCUGCGUCGCUUUACUGAAGGGAAAUUUGCAGAUUUCUCUGACCCCACGGUCGGUGUGGAUUUUUUUGCCCGGCUGGUAGAGAUUGAACCAGGGAAACGAAUCAAACUACAGCUCUGGGAUACCGCGGGCCAGGAGAGAUUCAGGUCGAUAACACGCUCCUACUACCGUAACUCAGUCGGUGGGCUGUUGGUGUUUGACCUAACCAACCGCAGGUCCUUCCAGCAAGUAAAGAAUUGGUUAGAUGAAGCCAAGAUGCACGUGCAACCUUUCCAAAUCGUGCUCAUGUUAGUAGGGCACAAAUGUGACCUUGGUCUCCAGCGUCAAGUGACGAGGGAAGAAGCUGAAAAGCUGGCCUUGGCCUGUGGCAUGAAAUACAUUGAGGCUUCCGCCAAAGACGCCGUCAAUGUAGAGGAGUCUUUCACCAUUCUCACCAGAGAUAUUUAUGAGCUGGUGAAGAGAGGCGAGAUAAAUAUACAAGAAAACUGGGAGGGAGUGAAGAGUGGCUUCAUUCCAAAUGUUGUCCAUUCUUCCGAAGAGGCUGUGAAACCUGGAAGGCGAUGCCCUUGUUAAGCUGCUGUUGGGGAAGAAAUUCCACUACGCCAACAGCAGGAGCUGCGUGCAUUGAGAAGA